AUGCCAUUGGUCGUCGAGAUCGCAGACGCACUUGCUGCUGAUGCUUUCCUGGCCAGCCCCAGAGACCCGAAUCUCGUGAAGCCCGCGCUGGACAUCGUUGCGGAGGCUCAAGGCUCGCUGAGGACGUACUACGGCUUGCAAACCGAAGAGCGGAAGCAUUCCUACCUUGUAAAUGUGUGGGAUGCUAUACAGUCGCACCACGAUCUCCAGGCAAACAAAGCGGUGUAUGGCGAAUUCAAGAAGAAUAUUACCUCGUUGGCCAAAAGCCAUCCAGAUAUUCUGCAUGUUCAAAUCAAGAAUGGCGACCCUUACAAGGCGCUCAAUGCUCCGGUAACCGCGUUCACGACCAUCUCUCUCAACCCGGGCGAAUCGAAAGAGCUACUGGAAGAGAAAGUGAGAGAGGUGACGGAGGCCGGGAAUAGCAUCCCGGCUAGCUGGGGCUCCUAUGGGAUCGUCUCCGGCCCGAUCAUCGAGAAGGAAGCGACGUACGCGUUGAUUAUCGGUUGGGAUUCAGCCGAGGCUCAUUGGAAGACGGUCACGACUGUUCCAGAGCUUGUCAAUCCCCUCACUGAGAUUAGAGGGCUCGCGGACAUCGGCUCUGCCCACAUUGCUCUGGUGGAAUACAAGAGACAUGAUUGA